UAUAAAACAAACAAAAAAUAGAAAGAAAACAUUUCCGAUUCCGUGCAAAUUUGUUACAGCACCAUGGUGUGGAAUACGCUAUCCUUCUGGGACGGUCAGCCAGUCACCUCGCCGGUAUAUCCCCAGAUGGGGGAUAUGUGGAGUCCCAAUUCCUGUGGCUACCAGCGCUACCAUCACUCUCAGCCCCAUUCGCAGAGCACUUACUAUCAGCGGAUGGGCAUGGGCGAUAUUCGUCAGAUGAGCUGUCCCAUGCCGAACUACUGUCCUCAAUUCCGGGAGCCCGGACUGGACGACGUGGAUGCCUUCUACGCCUACAACGGCAUGGAUAUGAAUCAGGCCUAUGGCGGAGGAGCACGAGCUGGCCAGGGAGCAGGAUCUGGUGCGCGGGGCGACUGCUGGUACUGAUUUGUCCACCGUUUCUGGGCGUAUGCUUCCUACUUCCUGUGCGUUUGAUUUAUGGAACUAUUAAAAUGUUUUAUUAAAUAGUGAUAACCGAUGGUUUCAAUGC